CACCGCUUUGUCGCCGCGCCGUGGGCUGCCCGCAGCUGGGACGGUGAGGUCCGGCUCCUGGCUCCGUGUAGGACCGCCUAAAAAUCGGCCGUGCGUGUGGACCCACUGGUGCGUUUUUUUGCUCGCAUGACCGAUGCGUUCACAGGAAGUGGGAAACGUUUGUAAGCAAAGAUUGAAGGGUACGCGGCCUGCUGGAAAGUCCAUUGAAACGCAAAUGACUUUUCAGCUGCUUUCUACUGAUCCCUGCUGGUUUCAUCCGAGGACUCAAUGCUAAGCAGCUGCUCAUGAGAUGCGCUGCCUCAUGGCAAGAAAACCGCUGGCUGGCAGUCAGCAGUGGGGACCAUUGGAGCAUUUGCAGCUGGGCUGCCCGGAAGAGGGCAGGGAGCAGGAGGGGCUCGGGCAGCUCUGCGUGCACACUGUGCUCACCUUGUCCAGAGCCUCCGCACAGCACGUGGGCACUGCAGACUGCGCAUAGAAUCGGAGAAUGGUUGAGAAGGACCACAACGAUCAUCUCGUUCCGACCCCUCUACCCCCGGCAGGGUCUCCAACCACCCUCCAGGGUCUCCAGCCACAUCCACCCUGGCCUUGAACGCCUCUAGGGACAGUGCAGCAUGCAAGGAGCUGCACUGACAGCGGAAACAGAGGAAGGAGCGUUUCCUGCCUUGGGCAACACUCUCGGUCUCCCGUGGGAGCCGCCACAGAGCCUGGUAAUAACAAGGGUAGCGAGUAAUAGUGCAGGAAUCAUUAAAUAACCUCAGUAAUGAAUUGCAGGCAUUACUCGGCUGCUUUUCACCUGAAGGAUCCCGGCAGCAAAUAGCUGUGUGUGCGGUGCAUCCGUGACGGAUGGCUGAGCGGUAGAGGACCUGCGGGUGGGACUCAGCGCCGUCAGCCCAGGCUCAGUCACUGCACCUGGUGCUGCUCUGGGCUGCCCUCCCUUUCUCACCCCACUCCCAGCCCACCCUGUGCCAUGCCUGGAGCCUGGCACGAGGCUGGCAAAGAACCCUGCUGCCGUAGGGCACUAUGGGGCUCCGCACAGAGAGGAGCAGGAAAUUCCUCCUCCCUGAUGGUGUGGCCCAGGGGUUAGGAUUCACUGGGUGAUACAAUGCGCCGCCACAGCCAUGUGCCUUGGGCAACAUCCGGGCUCAUCUUGGCACCUCCCAACAGCAGAGGGUGCCCCGGGCCUGGGAAUCCUGUGAGAGCAGAUUCCCUGGCACUGAGCAGCUCCCCGCAGAAAUUUGGUUCAGCAUGAAAGGUGUUGGAGGACUCGUGUUGCCCCUCCAACAUGUUGUGGCAGAGGUACUCAGACACAAGCAGGGAUGGUUGUGGGGUCCCUCCGUGUCCCUGCUGAUGGAGCUGAGCUCUCGCUGCUGCUUCAUCAGCCCCUGCUGACAGCGUUAAGGUCAGGUGCAGGGGGUGUCAGGCAGGAUUCAGCCCGCAACACCUUCUGCCUGCUCUGUUAGGAGACAUUCAGUCCUGGCAAGCUGUCUCAGGAUGACCCUGCAUCCGCAGCACUUGGCUGAGCCUGGUGCAGCAGUGCUGCUUAACUGAAACUUCCACUGUGCUGCGGAGCCGGCGGAGGUGGAUGUUUAGGACCCAGGGGAAGCCCUAGAGAGCGUGGCUGGGUUGGAAGGAGUCCCUGCCUCCCUGCCUGCGCUUCUCAGGUGUCCUGCUAAGGGCAGAGCUGCACGCAGUGACGGGGCCCUUCUGGCAGCUCCCCUUCCCCAUGCCCACUCCCUGAGCCCCCUGUGCACCCAUGUGCUCGCCCGGGAAUCGCUGCCCACCAUGAAUGACCAGUACCACCGAGCGGCCCGGGACGGCUACCUGGACCUGCUGAAGGAAGCCACCAAGAAGGACCUGAACUCGCCGGACGAGGAUGGCAUGACCCCCACCCUGUGGGCCGCCUACCAUGGCAACCUGGACGCCCUGCGCCUCAUUGUCAGCAGAGGGGGGGAUCCAGACAAAUGCGACAUCUGGGGGAAUACUCCUCUUCACCUGGCGGCGGCCAACGGCCACCUGAACUGCCUUUCCUUCCUCAUCUCCUUCGGGGCCAACAUCUGGUGCCUGGACAAUGACUACCACACCCCGCUGGACAUGGCAGCCAUGAAGGGGCACAUGGAGUGCGUGCGCUACCUGGACUCCAUCGCCGCGAAGCAAAGCAGCCUCAACCCCAAGCUGGUGAGCAAGCUGAAGGACAAGGCGUUCCGGGAUGCCGAGCGGAGGAUCAAGGACUGUGUGAAGCUGCAGAAGAAGCACCACGAAAGGAUGGAGAAAAGGUACAGAAAGGAAAUGUUGGAUAAUUCAGACACCAUGAGCUUCUCCAGCUAUUCGAGCAGCACCUUAAGCAAGAAGUUCCAACACAUGUCCACGGUGACCUCUCUGCCGUACUCACAAGCCACCAUCCACGGCACAGCCAAGGGAAAGACGAAAAUACAAAAGAAGCUGGAGAAGAAGAAGCAGGUGGACGGGACGUUCAAAAUCUACGAGGACGGGAGGAAAAGCGUGCGGUCCCUGUCGGGCCUGCAGCUGGGGAGCGACGUCAUGUUUGUGAAGCAGGGCACGUACGCCAGCCCCAAGGAGUGGAGUCGGCGGAACGUCCGGGACAUGUUCCUCACCGACGAGGACACCGUCUCCCGUGCCAUAAGCGACCCGGGCCUGCACACGGACUCGGCCCGCUCAGAAGUCAGCACCGACUCCGGCCACGAGUCGCUGUUCACCCGGCCCGGCUUGGGCACCAUGGUGUUCCGGCGCAACUACGUCAGCAGCGGGCUCUUCGGGAUCGGCCGCGAGGACGCCGGCGUGCCGGGGGAGGGCGACGCGGACGGGGCAGGAGUCAAACUGCGCAGCCGCCUGCAGCGCUCGCCAAGUCUCAACGACAGCAUCGGCAGUGCCAACAGCCUGCAGGAGAGGAACGCGGAGGAGCUGCCCUGGGACGAGGUGGAGCUGGGCCUCGAUGACGAUGACGAACCGGACACCAGCCCCCUGGAGACCUUCCUGGCUUCCCUGCACAUGUUUGAGUUCGUCUCUAUCUUGAAGAAGGAAAAGAUCGACUUGGAGGCCCUCAUGCUGUGUUCGGACAAUGACCUGAAGAGUAUCAGCAUCCCGUUGGGCCCCCGGAAAAAGAUCGUGGAUGCCAUCCAGAGGAGACGGCAGACUCUGGAGAGGCCAGCCGUUAUUGUAGACACUGAACUGUAAGUAGGAGAUGGGGCCACUGAGCGAUUAAACCUUUCAGCGGGUGGAGAUUUGGAUAAUGUAAGGUCUGCUUUUCAACUCACUUGGAAAAGUAGGAGUCCAGGUAACCUCCGUGCUUCUGUGUGUGAGCAAAUUCCUGCUUGUGUGGAAAUGAUGAGAGUUCAGAGAGGUGGCAAUAGCAUUAGCUCAUUACUCAACAGCCCUUGUGGCUGGGCAGGAUGUGAAGUCCUUGCUUUGUUUCAUAACCUUUAUGAAUGCAGACUGCUCUGUGGUCUGAUUCUUCUGAGUCCCCUAGCUGGGAUUUCCAACCACACUCACGCUUGCCUUGACUCUUCACCUUUGGAAAGAAGUAAUGAUGGUUCCCGGUGGGAGCGGGCUGAGCGCACCGCCCAGUGCCAUUGGCAGCCCUUCCCCAAGAGCUUCACAUCUUCAGAGAUCUUUGGAGAUUGCGUUAUCUGGGUUGGAGAUGUUACUUUAUAGCCUUUCCAGAGUUUGUUUGGCUUGGUUUGAAUGCAUGCUUGCCAUUGAGGUGAACUGAAGUUAUUAGCAUGGUGUUCCCGCUGUCACGUCUGCUGACACCACAACCACUGUGCUCCUUUUGCUUCCCAUCCUUCACAAAUCUGUGUGUUUCUUCCUCGUUUUUCUGGCUUCCAGCACAGCUCAGUCUUGGACCUCCAGGGUGCUGACAGGCUUUUCUCUUUCCUUUUGCAGAUAGCAGCAGCAGCAUUUUAUUGGUUUUUUUUUUUUCUUUUUUUUUUUUUUUUU